CCCUCUAGCGCGCAGCAGACGAACGCGCGUAGCUGCGCGCACAGCCUUAGUCGCACCCGCAGCUCCGCGCUAGUACGUCGCGACCGCACGCACGUGGUGCAGCAGCCGCGCGCACGUGCAGCCCACCGUCUUAACCGCCCCCAGACCUGA